CUCUCGCUGCGAGUCUCACAGUUUCCACUUGCAGUUCGGCUUAGGAUACCCUACACGCACACACCAACACACACUAAAAACAUGAAGAGUUUUCUGGUUUUGUGCUUUGCGGCGCUGGCGCUCGCCGAUGUCAAGCAUCUGACAGAUCGCAAUCUGGACCUGUUCAAAUACAAUCCCGGCGAUAUCUAUACCCUGCCCGAGGACAUCGAUGACGAUAAGCCGGCCGUGCAGUUCAGCGGCGACGUGAUGAAGGCCAAGACCGAGAAGCUGCAAAACAUAAAUUCGGGCAAAAAAUAUAAACUCGCAUUGAAGACCCAGAACGGCAUUGAGUUGAACAGCGUUGGCAAAUUGAGGGACGACAAGACCUUUGUGGUGAGCGGCUCGUAUUCGUUUACCGGUGCCGAUGGCAAGCGCUACAAGACCCGCUACACGGCCGAUGAGUUUGGCUACCAUCCCAUCACGGAGCUGGAUCUGGACAUACCCGAGCCACAGCAGCUGGUGUCAGCCGGUCAGAGGCCCGCCGUCGAUCCGAGCAGCCUGUUGGGCAACAAGAACCGCUUCCAGUUCCUCCAGCAGAGCCUGAAUCUCGAACAGGGCGGACCGCUGCGCGGCAGCGGCCAGAGCGGCGACGAUUACAGCUACAGCGGACCCGGCAGUGCCUACGGCAAUGGCCUCGGCUCCGACAAUGCCUACGGACCUGGCAACGGCAACGGCAACGACAACGACAACGGCAACGGCAAUCCCUAUGGACCUGGCUAUGAUUAUCAGCCACCGGCAGCGCCCUCGCGUCUGUAUCUGCCCACGGCAUAAGUGCC